AUGGCUGGUUUGCCAGAAAACUGGGAAUGGGACUAUGACGGGAAGCGCUGGUUCUACCGCUAUAAGCCCACUGGCCUGAUCCAGUUCACCUUCCCAAAGCCUGGCGAUGAGUUUCCCGAAUUUGUCGACGACACCUCGGGGCCCCCCGAUCUCCCCCCCGAGGAGAAGCUCGUCAGCCAGCAACAGAUAAAGAGGAGGAGUACUCUGGGCGAAUCGCAAUCCAAACAAACAUCCGCAACCACUCGGAGAGACCGGGCGCCCUCGAAUGCUGUUUCGGAUAUAGAUGAUGGUGGCGGUCCUUUUUGGCUACAGCCUGACGGCCUCAUGUAUAUGGGGCCCGGCGCGUACAAUGACAUCAGCCCUUUGCAGGAGGAAGAGGAGGAGCGCGGUUUGGGAGGUGCCAGCGGUGGCGAGGUUUCAAACGUCCCAACACCUUCAACUGUUGCGACCAACAUGGCGGCUACGGCGACUGCGUCGAACACUGAGGUGACCCCUAGCGAAAGUCCCGUGCCACCAACGCGCACACAAAUAUCACCAGUUGCAAGCGUGAAAGCCACGCCACCUGCUAUCGACAGCGUCCCUGCCGCGGCAACUCCUGAACUGGGCAGCGGUGUAGUCGUCACAGCCGGCGAGCCUGCCCCAGCUGGUGCUACCGAAGAGCCGCCCGAGGUCCCCCUUCUGGACAGUCGACAGAUCCCCUACAACCCGAUCGGCUUUAUGGCGGAACUUGCCAGCGAGUUUACGGCGCAGUGUGACGACGAAAUUAACCCGGCCCCCGUGGAGUUGCCCAGCAAUGAAGUCAUGGUCGACACAUCAGAACCUGCCCCCUACGCCAAUGCCUUUCACUUCGCCCCGGUCGAGCUUCCAUUGAACGAAGCUCGCCCCGGACGGAACUUCCUAGGCAAUGCUGCUGAGGAAAAGUCGUUAGCGACGCAGGUUCCAUUGCGGGAAGAGCAAGAACAACAGCGGAAAGCACACCAAGCUGUCCAGGAGUUGCUCAACCGGCCAUAUAAGCCUGUUCGUCAGAGCUCUCUGCCUCAGUCUGUAAGCGCUCUUGACCAACCCUCGAAUUCUGCCGCCUCUGGUCCUACGACAGAAAAGUACCAGGCGUAUAACCCUGCGAAACAUGCCUUGCUCGGAGCUGCCGUUGGGAGCCGGUCUUCAACCGUUGAGCCGCGGGGUCGUCAGCCCUUGCCAGCUGACGAUAAUAAACGACACACCUUAGCGGGACCGCCACCGCUGCCUUUUUCAAUGUCCGAAGACACUCCCCCGCCGCAGCUGGGCCAUGUGCGACCCCUUAAAUCACCCGACAGUGGCGCGCGAACCACGACUCCCGGCUCUAGGCCACGCCCUGACAGCACCUCCAGCUCCAUCGCCCAGGUAAACCCCGGCGGCCUCGCGCAUUUUCCUUCAGUACUCCAGCCCGCCCGCGGCCGUCCUGUUCUACGCAAUCAGACGCCUCCCCAAAGCCAAGGGGCCAGCCCAGCCCGGGCCUAUCAGGCUUAUAAGCCAUACCGUGACCUACAACGGGACAUCGAGGAUACGGUCCAGCUUUUAUCCAAGGGUGGAUAUGGCCAAGGGACCACGGCAACUCCUGAGACAUCUGACCCCGCGAGGCCUCGAGUUUCUAGAACAAGCACCCUGCCGGCCCAUCUUCCCGCACUCCCAUUCAUGGGCGUCCGUCCGCAUCUACCGCACUCGGUCACAGGCGAGCCAACAACUUUGCGAGAUCUUCAGUCCGGCGAAACACCUUCCAGCGAGUCCCCGCAGUCAUACCCUAUCUCUCUACCGCCCUCGGGCUCGGACGUACCUCCACCCCUGAAUCUAUCUCGCAAGUCACCACCGCCCCAGAACGGCGCUUUAAUCUCUACCAGUAUAGUUGAGCUAGCAGUCACAGCCAAGCCGGACGUCGUAUCACGGGAGACCACCCCCGCACCACCCGGUACGAUAAUCGCUUCUGCUCCGGUGGUCAGUUCGAUCUCUGAAAUGAAUUCAGGCCGGCCUAGUUUACCUGCUCAUGUCAAGGCCGGUGAACAUCCUGAGCAAAGCGGUGCCGUUGUUCAGCCCGAUCUCGUCCCCACUUCAGACCGGCCUCGUCAAAACUCACCAGACAGCGCUAAAGUGACCACAGCCGGUGAUGCUAAACAAGCCGUUGCAGGCGGGUUUGGUGUCACCGCCGAACCCAUCAUGUCGCCUCCUCGGGGCCUCGCCUCGGUUCCGGCUGUUGCUGUGAAGUCUGAGGCUAGCACCAACCAGUCAGCCCCGGCAAAUUCAUUACCCCCAGAGGCCAUUCAUUCUCUGCCAGAGACGGCCAGCGCACAAAAUUCAUCGCUCAUCUCGGGCGUUUCUGGCCUAGAAAUUGCGUCGCAACCGUUGUUAGGCGACCCGCAAACAGUCGAAACCGCUCAACAGCGAGUGCUCCCAAAGUCCGAAGGGGACGGACGGGAAACGAGCCAGACCUCCUUCCAGCAUGGCUCAGUUCUAUCUAACAGUCAGCAUCCCUCCCAUGUCACUUCGGACUACCAACCUGUCGCUCAAGUCCAUCCCCAGCCCGUACCGCAGCCUACCAACACCCCGCCGACGGACUCAGGUGUCCAAACUCAGGGUUCAUACUUCCCAGCUACCUCAACUACUCCGCCAGCGUCUACGGUGAACGACCCUAGGAAUCCCGCUCACGGGCUGGCUGUGGGACCCACACCGUCAUCCGCCACACCUAAACCGCCUUGCCCCCGGACUCCUAGCCCUGUGUCGCGCGCUUCGUCGCCGCCGACUCGACUCGACUCCACGCAGGGCUUCCCGGUCUUGACACCACCCGUGCCAGCCUUGAACAACCUUCCGCAACAUCCAGGAGCUGCAACCCAGACCACACCAGGCCAAUCUGGCUUCCAAACCCCCGGACUUGGAUCCGGUGCCAUGGCGACGCCCUCUUCAUCCGAGCCGCCUACUGGCAUGCCAGUGGCAAGUUCGGGCGCACAAGCAUACGCGCUUCCGUCUGGUCACCGCCCGCUUGGUUCCCAUCCGGUGAAUACACCCCCGCCGUCUUCACCGGGGCGCGAGCCUUCCACCUCUCAGCAAAGCGCAUCCAUUGCAUCUUUGCAACCCACCCCAGCGGCCCAGAACAAUGCUGGAGCUUUCCAGCCCGGAGGAACCUCGAACCAGAAACAAUCUGAAGCAGUGCCAGUUUCUAUGCCCACCCCACCGCCGGCACAAAACUCCCUCGACCGGGACCCGCCUAUGCCAGUUUCUCCAUCCUCCCAUCACCAACCAACGGCCGUAUCCUCUCCCACGCCAACACUCAAUCAAGGGCAGAAGACAAGUCAAGCGACCGUGCCGCAAAUGCUCCCGGUUACCGGACACGGUCAAGUUCCUGUACAACCAAGCGGCCAAGUGCCACACACACAGCUUUCCCAAGGGCCAGCUGCAAUGCCCCCUCACCCGCAACAAGUACCUCAAAACAUGCCCCCGAGAACAUCCACACUCCCGAUGGUUUCGCAGCCAGGCCCGCCCGCUCGUCCUCUAGGUCCGGGAACAGCGCCUCUACAAAUGCCCAUGAUGUUUGCCCCGCCGGGGAUGGCUCCGGGGAUGCAACCACAGGGAGUUCAGCCCGGGAUGCCACCGCAGCAGUACCAUUAUGGCUUCCAGCCUGGGCCACCUCAUCAAGGGCAGCUCGCGUUUCCGCCACAAUUCCAUCCGAACCAACAGCAGCAGCAGCAGCAGCAGUUUGCCCAUCCCGGUCCUCCGCAUAUGAUGAUGAUGCCCGGCCACCCUGCUCAGCAACCACAGCAGCAACAGGGUCCUAAUAUGUUGCAGCAACAGCAGCAACAACUACAACCGCAGCACCCGCAACAGCAUCAACAACAGCAGCCCCUAACGUGGAAGCCCAACAACGGAAACGGGACCCAACACCCGCAGUUCCCAGCCGUGAACCACAACAAUCCAAACCAAUCGGCCAUGCCCCCGCCCGAGGUUCUACAGGCGAUCAAGCAGAAGGAGCAGCGGCUAUCGCAAGGGCAGGCACCUCAGGGGGCGGCGGGGGGUGCUAGCAGUGGUGGUGGAUGGGGCAAGACGGGUGGUACUGCGCCUGCGCUUGCGGAUUCUUCUGGGAAUGCCCAAUAUUCUCACAAAACACGCCUCUCAACGCUCAUAACCCCAAUCAUGACACCGACAACAAGAAAUAUCUCACCGUUUCUGGACCCAGGUCCGCGCACAAAGGCCAAUUCGCUCGCGAUCCUACAGCUUUCACGCGACAACCUCCUGCCCGUCUACCUCCAGUCACCAACCGGAAACCACGACGGCUACGCCGAAGGCGCCGUUGUCAACACGCGCUAUGGCUCGUUCCCCCACUCGACCAUGCUGAACGUGCCCUGGGGCUCCCAGAUCCGGGCUUCCAAGGUCGACACCGGAUCGCGGGGCCGCAAGAGGAAGCGCGAAGGGGCCGAUGAUGCCUGCCGGGACGCCACCGCCGCCAGCGAGAAGGACAACGAAGACUCGCCCGUCGCCGCCAACGAAGAGAGCGCCGCCGUCAAGAAAGCGGUCGCCGACUCGAGCGGCUUCAUCCACGUUCUGCCCCCAACCCCCGAGCUCUGGACUACGAGCUUGCCCCACCGGACACAGGUCGUUUACACCCCCGACUACAGUUAUAUUUUGCACAGGAUACGAGCGCGGCCGGGGUCUGUGCUGAUUGAGGCGGGUGCCGGGAGUGGGAGUUUCACCCAUGCGUCGGUGCGGGCUGUUUACAAUGGGUGUCCGGCUGAGGGGCGGCGGAAGGGCAAGGUGUUCAGCUUCGAGUUUCAUGAGCAGCGCUACCACAAGAUGAAGGAGGAGCUUUCAGGUCACGGCAUGGAUGGGCUGGUCCACCUGAUGCACCGUGACGUCUACAAUGGGGGUUUCCUGGUCGGCGGCAACAGCCCGGAGGCCGACGCCGUGUUCCUUGACCUGCCCGCGCCGUGGGAAGCCCUCCCGCACCUGUCUCGGCGAAGACCCCAGCCCCCCUUCGAUGCGAAAGCUGCCGCCUCCGAGAAUGACCAGGCCGAAUGGGUGUCACCGUUGAACCCCGAGAAGACCGUCUACAUCUGCACCUUCUCGCCAUGCAUCGAGCAGGUCACCAAAACAGUGUCAGCCAUGCGCCGCCUCGGCUGGGUCGACAUCGACAUGGUCGAGAUCGCCAACAGGAAGCUACACACCUCGCGCGAGCGCGUGGGGUUAAACCUCAACUUCGACCGCGGCGUCAACAACUCGGCACGCGACGUCGACGAGGCCAUCACCAGGCUCACCGACAUCGAGAACCGCUUCCGGGAGCACGCAGCCAAACCCCGAGACGGCGACGAGGACAUGGACUCGGCCGACGAAGACGAGCCUCCCACCCCGGCGCGCGGCAUCCCCACCAACGUCGAAGCCCCCUCAACGGCGGCGGAAGAGCCCUCGGAAACAACACCCCCCUGGAUGGAGGGCCGCCUCAUCACGCGCGGCGAGCCUGAGAUCAAGACGCACACGUCGUAUCUCGUCUUUGCCGUCCUGCCCAUGGAGUGGACCGAGGCGGAUGAGGCGGCCGCCGCGGCCCGGUAUCCGCUCGGCAAGGAGCAGAAGGUUAUUGGCGCUAUUGAUAAGGUUGCUAGGAAACAGGAGCGAAGGGAGCAACUGCAGAAGGUGCAGGGGAGUGGGAAUCGUAAGGCGAGGCGGAAGGAGAGGGAUGAGAAGAUGGGGCAGGCCGCUGGUGCAUGA